CAGAGCAGCCCGCCCUCACAGAGCAACGAACCGGGCUCUGACGGUAACCGAACCAAACACACUCCGGCAGUCCGGGCAGCAGCAGAGCGCGUCACUCCGGACCAGUAGCGGGACUGAAGUCGAGCUGUUGUGGACUGGACGGGUCAAAGAAGAGAAACAUACAGUAGACAGAGAAGAGCACUGUUUACAUGAGCUUACUGUUGUCAGAAAAGUUGUAACCGUUGAGUAAGGACGGCCGGAUACUCACUCGAGACGUCAGUUGGAGGAUAUUGCAGCGCGUGCUGGUUGAGGAGAACAUCUUGUUUAAGGUCGAAGGAGGAGGUCAGCGAGGAGCGAGGUCCUGGGAUGAGAAAUCUCUUCCUUUUCCCUUCCUCCCCCAGACCUCCAGGAGGGGAACGCUGGUCAACACUCUGAGAGUGUGUGGUGUGUCUGACGCCGUUGGGGUGCCAUGGCUCUAGUUCAGGCACUUCCUGUCACUGUGACUGACCACCCCAACCCAGGUCUCGACGUCCAGCAGUGCAGGCCGCUGUCAUCCCACUCCCCCUCUGGACCCUGCCCUGGUCCCUGUGGUCCCUGCAGCUCCGGGACAGCCAUGGGUUCAGUCAGCAGCCUCAUAUCAGGCCGGACAUACCAGGAGAGACACUGCCGGGCUGCCAGCGACUUCACUACUAAGGCACGCCGCUCCACACCAGCCACCAGCUGCUUUCGACUUCAGGAUAACACCCUGCGUAGUACAAGCUCCCUGGAGCAGCUUUUGGCUAUCAGCAACCAGACGCUUCCCCAGGCCCAGAUUCUGCCUCCACCGCUACCUACCAAGAAGCAGCCCAGGCCGGGGAACUCUGCUGGGGCGAGCGGUGGAGCAGCUGUAGGAGCAGUAGGCGGUGUUGUUGGGACUAAUGGGAACUUUGUGCAUGUGAGUGAUGAGGGGGUCACUGGAGAAUGGAAAGAGAACCAGGCAGUGCCAGCUGCUAGCCCCUGCAGUGACUCUGAGGACCAAAGGGACAACAGGGCACUAAACGGAAACAUUGGAGGGCCUCCUCCUAAACUCAUCCCAGUGUCGGGACAGUUAGAGAAGAACAUGGAAAAAGUACUUAUCCGUCCUACAGCAUUCAAACCCGUCGUCCCCAAGAACCGUCACUCUGUGCACUACUUAUCACCGCGGCCAGGAGGCAGCACUCUGUCAGAGAGCCAGGCCAGCCUCAACCUCCUGCUGCCCCUGGGAGGGUCCAACAGCUCCAACAGCACAAACGGUAACGGAGGAAGUGGCAGUUCAAGCUCAGACGAGAAGCGCAAUUCCUUCAGCGGAGGGCGAAAUGCUCGGAGCAGCCAGUCCUGUUCCAUGUCAGAUUCAGGGAGGAACUCCCUCUCUAGCCUCCCCACUCACAGCAGCACAGGCUACAGUCUGGCCCCAAGUGAGGGCUCCAGCUCCGGGUCUGGCACCGGGGGCCAGCUGGAGCCUUCCAGUCUGGGUAGAAACACUUCAGGUGGGAGUGGGAGCCAUAAUCACACUAACUCAGACAGUGGACGUUCUUCAUCCAGUAAGAGCACAGGCUCAGGGUCGCUGAGUGGGCGCGGGCAGCCCCUGUCAGACAGCGGGUCCUGUGGACACUCGCCGCCGCCCGUGGAGGGCUAUGAGGCUGUGGUGAGGGAGCUGGAGGAGAAGCUGAGGGAACGAGACUUGGAGCUGCAGCAGCUCCGGGAAAAUCUGGAUGAGAACGAAGCUGCAAUCUGUCAGGUGUACGAGGAGAAGCAGCGUCGCUGUGAAAGAGAGAUGGAGGAACUGAGACAAAACUGCUCAGUGAAGAUGAAGCAGGCCUCGCAGAAGGCCCAGAGGGCACAGCAGGUGCUGCAGUUACAGGUGUUUCAACUACAACAGGAGAAAAAGAAGCUGCAGGAGGACUUGUCCUCUCUGCUGCAGGACAGAGACACACUGGAAAGGAGGUGUGCCACCAUCCAGAGGGAGCAGACCCAGUUGGGGCCACGGCUGGAGGAAACGAAAUGGGAGGUGUGUCAGAAGUCAGGAGAAAUCUCCCUCCUGAAGCAGCAGCUGAAGGAGAUCCAGUCAGAACUCAGCCAGAAAGCUGGAGACAUUGUGGUGCUGAAGGCUCAGCUGAGAGAAGCCCGCUCUGAACUGCAAGCCAGCCAGGCUCGAUCCCAGGAGGCUCAGGCAGCUCUGAGGACGCGAUCUCUAGAGCUAGAAGUCUGCGAGAACGAACUCCAGAGGCGCAAGAGUGAAGCCGAGCUGCUGCGUGAGAAAGUGAGCCGUUUGGAGGAGGAGUCAGUCCGCUUACGUGACACUCUGUCCAAUCACAGCGGACAUCUACCUGGAAAUGCAACCAUGAAGGGUCAGUGCAUGAGCCUCACCCUGCAGCAGGGUAGAAGUAUGGGAGGAAGAGGAGGGCCGAGCCCCUGCGUAUACAGAGAUGGAGAGGAGGCUCAUCUAGUGUGGGGAGGAGAGAGUGAUGAAGCAAAGGCACAGAGGCAGAAUGCAGAGGCAGUGCUGGGACUCAGACAACAGGUGGACAGACUGAAGGCUGAACUCAUGUAUGAGAGGAGAACAGGUGAAGAGCAACUUUCACACUUUGAGGACGAGAGGAGGGUGUGGCAGGAGGAGAAAGAAAAGGUAAUCCGCUACCAGAAACAGCUGCAGCAGAACUACAUCCAGAUGUAUCGUCGUAACAGGGAUCUUGAGCGUGUGAUGAGGGAGCUGAGCUUGGAGCUGGAGAACAGGGACAUGGAGGACUACGAGGUCCACAGUGGCAGCAACGACAUCCACUUUGAGGAAAUCACCGCCACUGAGAUCUAAAAACAAAACCUCACGUUUAGGGUAAAACAUGCACAGGAACAUGGAAACACAGGACUCUGAGGAUGAAACUCCAGGCCAAAUACUGCACUACCUUCAACACGGCGUUACCUGGACCACAGAGCGAGCACUCACCACUUGUCACUGUCAAAAGGGAGAUCUCCCAAAGGUGCAUUCUUACUCCCUGCUACAACAAGCACUCCAAUAAAUCCUUAUAAGGUGUCUCUCCCCAGGAGCUUUUUUAAUGGGUUUUUCCACUAUAAAGCCAGCACAAAGACUCCUUCCAGAAACAGUGUUUCCUUUUUAGACCACGUUCAAAUCAGGGUAUCCAAAAACAACAUGGAAAAUAAAGCAAAAAAAAAAAAAAAGAGAAAAAUAAUGAUAUAUGCACAGCAAUCGGAUCACUCACUGUCUUGGUAGCACACAAGGUUAAACAGCCGGCCACCAGCAUGCAUAAAAUGAUGCAUCAUGAAAAUAGUCCCAUUAUUAACACCCACCUCUGCUGGCUCUUCAUGAUGGAAUCCUCCCCUGUCCAAAUAAUAAAAACCAAACACCUCCAUGUAACAGCAAAGGGAAAAUAACUGCAAAUGUAACAGCAUCAGAGGAUCAGCAAUUUAUUUCAUUGUACAAGGGUUUCCUUAGCAGUAAAAAAGAUAAAUGCAGUAUAAGUGAUCAAUGAAAGAAUCUACUCAUUAAUGGAAACAAGGUUUCAUUUUGCACAACAUUCCUGCUCACUUUUAUUUGGGAUACAGCUGCCUUUCUUGGGAAUCAAACCAGUUGGACAUAUUCUCUUGGAUUCUUUACAUCUGGACAUCCUGUCAUUUUUUAUUCACUUAUGCAAAGGACACAGCAAAACAUUCAAAAGAAAUUCUCAUAUUUAUGGACUACCAAGAGUCACAAUCAAUAUGUCAACCUGUUUAUACAACGCAGCAAGCUCUGACAUUAAACUUUAUAAUUAUGUAGCACUAUAGAAAGCAGACUGUAGCAUUUGAGAUGUCUCUAAGAGGCUGCUGAUUCUCCUCUUUUUGUCUUUUUCUGCCUUUGUCACCAUGUCUACUCUCUCUUUCCGUCUCUGAGUCUGCUUCUUGCUCAACUAUUUUUGUAUCAGUGAAAGCGCCUCAGCAGUCGGUAUCAGGAAUCUAAAAAUGGAGCAUAUUCUUUUACUUUGAACGUGACGUCACUGAGAGAUGUAAGUCAGUGUUUGAACUGUAGGCAUGCUUAUUCAGAGUUUCCGUUUAUUCCCCUUUGUUCCCAUUAGUGCUCUUUAUUUAGCCUUUGGCAGCCAAAAGCCAAAAUGAAUCUUUUAAAGUCUUCCUAGUCUCACCCUAGACUAUAAGCUUCACUAACUGCUAUACGGGAAACCAGACUGGCAUGUCUGCAUGUCUUUGUUAUAUCAGAUUUCAGAAAAAGCCUGUUGAGAUAGCUGAAGAUGAGUUGCAGAUGCAGUAGCUCCAGCGCUGAAAGUCUUCGAGGCACGUUGACUGUUGAAGCCCUUAACUGACCUUAUUUACAUUGCAGCCAUUUUCCCUCACUGUAAUGCUCAGGGUUAUGAAGUCAUACUGCAGGUGUAAAAAUGAGGGUUAACUUUCAAAACAAUAUCAUUCACUGCCUAUUGAUUAAUGAGCAGCUGAUAAGACAAUCACCAGUACAAAUCUUGAGAACACUGGCCUGUAAUUCAAGUUAAACAUAUAUUUGAUGACACAUUUACAUAAAAAUUCAACUUAAGCCACUCGCCUUAUACUUUAAUGGUAGCUAAGAAUAAUAGGGUAAAGAUUAUAAUACAGAUAUAACAAUACAGAAGAAAACAUGUAAAUCCCCCUCCACUGUGAUGUUGGCUGAGGAUUAGAGCACGUAAAAAAUUUUAUCAACUAAGAAUAAACCUACAUGAUGUAUAAGAAAAGGUGUAAAUACAAGCAUGGAAUGUUAUCUUGGAAUACAGAAAAGAAGUUGUAAAUUCUUAGGUAGGAAGAAAAAUCCUUUUGUUUUGAUCAGACAUCAGUGAAGUCUAUAAACUUGUCUUCUUUACUAUUUAUGUCUGUAAAUAUAUUUUAUGGCCCAGCAAACUCUUUCUUAACAGCAUCAAUGUCUCUGAUGGCACUGAUAGAUUCUUAAAAUCAGGAAGCGAGUGGCAUGGGAGAAUUUUUAACAGAGUGUCAUCAGUUAAUCCUAAACCAUUUAAACCAUGACACUGGUUCAGUAUAUCAGAAAAAUUGUUAGAUUUUAUAUGUGAUUUCCUUUUUUUGAAAUGAACACUUUGGAAAGCACUGCGAUGGCAGUGGCAGCAGAUUUUAAGGCAAAAUAUGAUCAUGUUAUUUAAGCAUGUAAAUGCCAGUGUAAAGCUAACCUUAUGGUAAUGCUCGACAUAAAUUAACUUUAAGGUGAACUGAAUGCAAAAGUGAUGCUAGCUGGAGAGUUAGUAUUAGUACUAACAGACAGCAUCUUGUGCUAGCACUAAAAGCUUUCUGAUAGUAGCUAAUAUGUUAUAACGUCUUCUUAAGCCCCUCUUGAUUUUCACUAUCAAUUGGCUUUAUAGUAGCUCAUUAAUCAAAAAGCAGUGCAUUGAUAACAUUAGGAGGUUUUAUAUUGAGUCACCCUGAAAUCUGUAAUGGCUUGAAGUUCAGCAUUUUCACAGCUUCCCACCCUGAGCACUAUCAAUAGAAAAUGGCUGCACUGUGAAUAUGGUUAUUAUAAACCAGUGAGGAGUAUGUUGACAUUAAAACUGUGGGUUUCUGUGUGUUUAACACUGAACAUGGUGGGUCUCUGAAAAAAAUAAUGGUCUGAGAAGUUUUAUUUUACAAAGAGUCUAUAUCAAGGAAUAAUAGCUAAAUGGAAAUCUAUAUAAUGGAGGAGAUGUUGUAUAUUUUUUUAUAUAUAGCACAUGAGGAUAUUUUGUUGUAGUACUGGUAUAAAUGUGGGUUUAAUAUACAAAGUAUAAAGACUUCUCUCUAUAUGAAUAUAUCUACCACAUACCAAUAUUUCAAAUGAUGGAUCAGUUAUAAAUGGAGGCGGCAGCAUAGAAAGAGUGCACCUAAUACUGUAAUGCAUGACAAAUGUUUACAUGAUAUAAUCUUUGUGACACAUACACUCGAAUGACCAAACUUUGCAGCUGUUAAAACAGUUGAAAGCUUUUAUUUUGGGCUCGGUUGUCUCUCCAUUUUGAUUGAUCUUUCAUUUGGUCAUCAGUAUCAUAAUAUUACACAUGGUUCAUGUCUUCAUCGUUGGAUUUUGUGCACGUCAUUAGUCUAUUAAUGCAUGAAAAGGGUUAUUUCUGAGCGACCUCUUCAUUUAGUCGAGGUCGGAGCUGAUGCAAACUGAGAAAUAUUCAUGUUUCCUAUACUUGGAAAUUUCAGAUAGACUCCUUCCUUCAUAUCAUGCAUGACAAUACCACAUUCAUUGUGGUUUGAGAGGUUUUUAGAAGUUAGUUGCUCUGUGCAUAAAUGUAAAUGUUAGGCCUUGGGAAGCAACUCUGAAUGGAACAAGCUGGGUUUGGCCAACCAUGUUCAAUUUGAAACCAGACUAAGGCUCAGUCCCAUGUCAAACUUUAACCACUACCCCUACUCCUAUACUUGGUUUUCAAGUGACCCCUUGUCCCUGAUGUUGCGUUGAAAUCUUAGUCAAUGAAGCGGGACGACCUUUCAUUCAAGUUUCUGAUAGGUCACUAGAAGUCAUCCGUUGCAUAAAUGCUUGUUCAAAAUUAAACAGACCAUAAUGCAUUGAAACAUUUGACAUCUGAUUGUCAUAAUUUUUAAGUCUCAUUUAGUAUACACUACUUUUUUUAAUGCUCCCCUCCUGUCCAUCAGGGAUCAGGACACCCUAGGCAUGAACAUGUGAGAUGUAGAGUAAGGGCUAACUGGUUUAAUGGGACUGAGCCUAGACUGUUACUGAUGCAGCACAGGUGAAGAUAAGCAAAAAGUACAAGUGUAGGAAACCAAACUGUUUCCCUCACUGAAAGUACUUUAUGCAUCAUCGACUUCUCUCUCAUAUUUCAGUUGUCUUCAUUCUUGCAUUUCUGUGUAAAUAUGUAAAACACUAAAUAGUAUAACAGAGUGACAUUGUCUUUUAUUGAGACAAAAUAUCUAUUUCAAAUGUAGCCACUGUGACUAGACCAAAGCAACGUAACACCUUUCUUCUUUUGUGGCAUUUUUUUCUCAUCCUUGUGUGUGCUUUUUUUUCUCUGUUUACUUACAUUGUGUCUUCAGUAAUUCAUUAAGUAUGUAGUUGUCUUGUAUAUUUUUAUGUGUACAUUUCUUGUACAAAUGACUGUGUUUUUAAUUAAAGAACAAGUUGUCACACCUUAA